AGGGUCUAUAAGCACCCCUUCGAGUUGAUCAUGGCGGUGAGUACCAGGUCAGGGUCUAUAAGCACCCCUUCGAGUUGAUCAUGGCGGUGAGUACCAGGUCAGGGUCUAUAAGCACCCCUUCGAGUUGAUCAUGGCGGUGAGUACCAGGUCAGGGUCUAUAAGCACCCCUUCGAGUUGAUCAUGGCGGUGAGUACCAGGUCAGGGUCUAUAAGCACCCCUUCGAGUUGAUCAUGGCGGCGUAUGUGCGUCGCUUCCCCAGUUGCCCCCUGAUCCCCAUGUUUGUGUCGGGUGAGGUGGUGAGGGAGGAGGAGAGUGCCGACGGGGCCACAACCGUCACCGAGAGGCGCUGCACCGUGGACGUGGACGCGCCCCGCCUGCUCAAGAGGAUUGCAGGUGUAGACUACCUGUACUUCACUCAGAAGAAUUCUCUGGACCGGCGGCAAAGGACGCUGCACAUUGAGGCCUACAACCAGACCUUCUCCAGCAGAGUGCUAGUGACGGAGCACUGCAGUUAUACGGUCCACCCAGAGAAUGAGGAGUGGACGUGUUUUGAGCAGUCGGCCAGUCUGGACAUGAAGUCCUUCUUUGGCUUCGAGAGCACAGCUGAGAAGAUCGCCAUGAAGCAGUACGCCAGCAGCAUCAGCAAAGGUAAGGAGAUCGUAGAGUAUUACCUGAAGGAGUUGGAGGGCGAGGGCAUCACCCACGUCCCUCGCUGGCUCCCCCCCAUCGCUGCCACACCGCCGCCCCCCGGUGGCCGCAAGGAGAAUGCCACCCUCUCGGACACACUGCCCGGGCCCCCGGAUGAUAAACUGGAUGCUGACUACAUCAGGCGUUACCUAGGUGAGCUGACUCCACUACAGGAGAGCUGCCUCAUCCGCCUCAGACAGUGGCUACAGGACACACACAAGGGCAAGAUCCCUAAGGACCAGCAUGCAUUGCGUUUCCUGCGCUCGCGUGACUUCAACCUGGAGAAGGCUCACGAGGCGCUACGCCACACGCUCACCUGGCGCAAGCAGUACCAGAUCGACCCGCUGCUGGACAGCUGGCACCGCCCACAGCUGCUGCACGACUACUACACCGGAGGGUGGCAUCACCAAGACAACGAUGGGCGUCCUCUCUACAUCUUGCGUCUGGGGCAGAUGGACACAAAGGGGUUGGUGCGUGCACUGGGGGAGGAGACUCUACUGAGACACGUGCUGUCCAUCAAUGAGGAAGGGUUGAGGCGAUGUGAAGAGAACACCAAUAUUUUUGGCAGGCCAAUCAGCUGCUGGACGUGUCUGGUGGAUCUGGAGGGUCUGAGCAUGAGGCAUCUGUGGAGGCCUGGAGUGAAGGCCCUGCUGAGGUUCAUAGAGCUGGUGGAGGCACACUACCCCGAGACCCUGGGCAGGCUGCUCAUACUGAGGGCCCCUCGAGUCUUCCCUGUGCUCUGGACACUGGUGAGCCCGUUCAUCGAUGAGAACACGCGCAGAAAGUUCCUGAUCUACGCAGGAAAUGACUACCAGGGUCCCGGAGUCCUCCAGGCCUAUAUCAGCCCCAACAUCAUACCUGACUUCCUGGGGGGAGAGUGCCAGUGUGAGAUCCCUGAGGGGGGUGUGGUGCCCAAGUCUCUGUACCGCACUGCUGAGGAGAUGGAGACGGAAGAGGCCCGCAUGUGGACCGACACCAUCUACAAGAGCGCGAGUGUCCUGAAGGGGGCGCCACAUGAGGUGCUGAUAGAGAUCAUUGAGCCGUCCUCCGUCAUCACCUGGGACUUUGACGUGUGUAAAGGCGACGUGGUGUUCAACAUCUACCACUCGCGGCGCACCCCCCAGACCCCCCCGCACAGAGAGGCUCAGGGGGCACACACACUCUCACACCCACACACACCGCCGGGGGCCUGCAGCAACAACACCCAGAUGAUUGACAGGUCAUGGGUGUUGGGGCAGGACUACAGCAGGGUGGAGACCGCACUCACCUGCCGAGAGGGGGAAAGCAUACAGGGAUCUCAUGUGACGCGCUGGCCUGGGUUCUACAUCCUUCAGUGGCGUUUCCAUGGCGCUGGGGGUGCGGGGGGGGCGGCGGCGUGCUCGGGCUCCAGUCUGGCGCGUGUCGACGAUAUGCUCGCCUCCCUCCAGGGGGCGCCACACCGCUGCAGGAUCCUCUACUACACCGAGGUGCUGCAGUCCCAGGACUUCAGGGGUUCCAUGUCCAGUCUGGAGUCUAGUCACAGCGGCUUCUCUCAGCUCAGUUCUGCCACCGCCACCUCUAGACAAUCACAGACCAGUUCCACCCUCUCCAGGUAGUAAUCGACCAAUCACAGACCAGUUCCACCCUCUCCAGGUAGUAACCGACCAAUCACAGAACAGUUCCACCCUCUCCAGGUAGCAACCGACCAAUCACAGACCAGUUCCACCCUCUCCAGGUAGCAACCAACCAAUCACAGACCAGUUCCACCUUCUCCAGGUAGUAACCGACCAAUCACAGACCAGUUCCACCCUCUCCAGGUAGUAACCGACCAAUCACAGACCAGUUCCACCCUCUCCAGGUAGUAACCGACCAAUCACAGACCAGUUCCACCCUCUCCAGGUAGUAACCGACCAAUCAGAGACCAGUUCCACCCUCUCCAGGUAGUAACCGACCAAUCACAGACCAGUUCCACCCUCUCCAGGUAGUAAUCGACCAAUCACAGACCAGUUCCACCCUCUCCAGGUAGUAACCGACCAAUCACAGACCAGUUCCACCCUCUCCAGGUAGUAACCGACCAAUCAGAGACCAGUUCCACCCUCUCCAGGUGGUAACCGACCAAUCAGAAUCCAAUUCUCGGCCUGCCUGGGUUUCUGUUCAUCUCGGUCAGCAUACAGAUCACUCCGCGUUCACAGAUGAGUUCUCUUCUGAAAACACUGGACACACACACACACACACAGCCUAGAUGAGCUAUUGUAUUAACUAUUGUAAUAACUGAUGUAAUAAUAACUGCCUAAGUGCAUUUGCUGUAUAUUUGUAAUAAACAUGGAUAUCACCUUU